AUGGUGAAGGGCAGAGUUAACAGAUUUGGCCAUAUUGGGUGCCUGGUGACCAGGGGUGCAUUCACCUCAGGUGGAGUAGACAUCAUGGCUAUCAAUAACUGCUUCAUUGACCUCAAUUACAUGGUUUAUAUGUUUCAGUAUGAUUCCAUGUAUGGCAAGUUAAAGGGCACUGUCGGCAAAUCUGAGAAUGGAAAGCUGGUGAUCAAUGGAAAAGCCACUACCAUCUUCCUGGAGUGGGAUCCCUCCAGUAUUAAAUGGGGAGAUGCUGGAGCUGACUAUAUUGUAGAGUCCAGUGGAAUCUUUACCACUAUAGAAAAGCCUGGGGCUCACUUGAAGGGUGGAGCCAAGAGGGUCAUCAUCUCUGCCCCUUCUGCUGAUGCCCCAAUGUUCAUGAUGGGAGUGAACCAUGAGAAAUAUGAUAAUUCUCUUGAGAUUGUCAGUAAUGCUUCCUACACUACCAAAUGCUUAGCACCCUUGGCCAAGGUCAUUCAUGACAAUUUUGGCAUUGUGGAAGGAUUCAUGAUUACAAUCCAUGCAAUUACUGCUAACCAGAAGACAGUAGAUGGCCCUUUUGGUAAGCUGUGGUGUGAUGAAUGUGGUACUGCCCAAAAUAUCAUCCUUGCUUCCACUGGUGCUGUUAAGAUUGUAGGCAAGGUCUUAUGUGAGUUGAAUGGGAAUCUCCCAGUCAUGGCCUUCUGUAUUUCUACUUCCAACUUGUCUGUUGUGGAUCUGACCUGCCACCUGGAGAAACCUGCCAAAUAUGGUGAUAUCAAGAAAGUAGUGGAGCAAGCAUCAGAGGGAUACUUGGAGGGCAUCUUGGGCUACACAGAGGACCAGAUUAUAUCUUGUGACUUUAACAGCAACACCCACUCCUCUACCUUUGAUGCUGGUGUUGGUAUUGCCCUCAACAACCAAUUUGUCAAGCUUAUUUCCUGGUAUGACAAUGAGUAUGGUUAUAGCAACUGUGUAGUAGACCUCAUGGUCUACAUGGCCUCAAACAAACAAAAUAGAAAGCCAGGGACCUUCAUCCUCAGCCAAAAAUAG